AUGGCUCACUUAAUAACUCGUAUAUCUGCACGUGAAAUCUUAGAUUCUAGAGGAAACCCAACAGUAGAAGUUGACCUAGAAACAGACAUUGGAAUAUUUAGAGCAGCAGUUCCAUCAGGAGCUUCAACAGGUAUUUAUGAAGCAUUAGAGUUAAGAGAUAAUGAUAAAACAAGAUAUUUAGGUAAAGGUGUCCAAGAAGCAAUUAAAAAUAUUACUACUAUAAUAGCACCAAAAUUAAUUGGGUUAGAUUGUAGAGAACAAAAAAAAAUUGAUAAAUUAAUGGUUGAAGUUUUAGAUGGAACAAAAAAUGAAUGGGGAUGGUCAAAAAGUAAGUUAGGAGCCAAUGCUAUUUUGGCUGUUUCUAUGGCUGUAUGUAGAGCUGGUGCAGCUGCUAACAAAAUUUCCUUAUAUAAAUAUCUAGCUCAUUUAGCUGAAAAAAAAGACGAUAAAAUGGUUUUACCUGUACCCUGUUUAAAUGUUAUUAAUGGAGGAUCUCAUGCAGGAAAUAAAUUAGCAUUUCAAGAAUUUAUGAUAGUGCCAGUAGGUGCGCCUACAUUCAAAGAAGCCUUAAGAUAUGGAGCAGAAGUUUAUCAUACUUUGAAAUCAGGAAUAAAAAAGAAGUAUGGUAUUGAUGCAACUAAUGUAGGUGACGAAGGAGGAUUUGCACCUAAUAUUUUAAGUGCAAAUGAAGCUCUUGAUUUAUUAGUUGAUGCAAUUAAAACAGCUGGAUAUGAAGGAAAAGUAAAAAUUGCCAUGGAUGUAGCUGCAUCUGAAUUUUAUAAUAGUGACACGAAAUUAUAUGAUUUAGAUUUUAAAACACCAAAUAAUGACAAAACUUUAGUUAAAACAGGAGAACAGUUAGUUGAAUUAUAUACACAAUUAGUGAAAAAAUAUCCUAUUAUUUCUAUUGAAGAUCCAUUCGAUCAAGAUGACUGGGAAAACUAUGCUAAAUUAACCAAUGCUAUUGGAAAAACGGUGCAAAUUGUUGGUGAUGAUUUAUUAGUUACUAAUCCAACUAGAAUUAAUAAAGCUCUCGAAAAAAAAGCCUGUAAUGCUUUGUUGCUUAAAGUUAAUCAAAUAGGUUCAAUAACAGAAGCUAUUGAAGCAUGUUUAUUAUCUCAGAAAAACAAUUGGGGAGUCAUGGUUUCUCAUAGAUCAGGUGAAACUGAAGAUGUUUUCAUUGCUGAUUUAGUUGUCGCUUUAAGAACAGGGCAAAUAAAAACAGGUGCCCCUUGUAGAAGUGAAAGAAAUGCAAAAUAUAAUCAGUUAUUAAGAAUAGAAGAAUCUUUAGGUAAUAAUGCUAUUUUUGCUGGGGAAAAGUUCAGACAACAACUGGAUUAA